CACAUUUUUUUCUUUUUUACAGUGUACUGAUGAGUCAUGUGACUAUGGUCAAGCAGCACACUCAAUGGCUUUUACAAUCAGGGUACAAACGACUAUUUCUCAUUUUGUAUGUAACGCUACACUUGUAGGUGUGCACUCAUAAAGUCUGAGCUGAGAUGCUUGAAGAAUAUGAUGAAUGUUUGAAUGCAUCAUGACUGACGAUUUAAAGAUUUCUUCUAUCCUGUUAUAGCUACUUUUUGGUGCUUUUAUUUUGAAAUCUGGUCUGUUUAUUUUGAAACCUUUUCUACCGGAAGUAGAACACCGGCGUGGGUCGUGCUCCCGAUGAGGGCAACACAAGAGCUGUCAAAAGACGUUAAAGUGCCGUUCUAGCUUUAUAUGAAGUCCUGUGUGUGUUUUGGACUUUCGAAAACGAUCGUGCAGUUACACGCCUGACUCGAUACGCUCCCUGGCUGUGACGUGUGUGUGUGUGUGUGUGUGAGGUGUGUAUGGGAUGGCGGUGAACUUGUCGUUCGCUGCGUGCGGGUUCCUGGGCAUCUACCAGCUGGGGGCGGUGGGGGCGUUGCUGAGGCACGGGGGGAGGCUCCUGGGGGGGCUGCAGGCGUGUGGGGGGGCAUCGGCGGGGGCGCUGGUGGCCUCCGUGGUGAUCACCGCUCCUCACAAGCUGGAGAGUUGUAAAGACUUCACACAUCGCUUCGCCAAUAAUGUCAGGAGACAGGCGCUGGGAGCCGUAACCCCCGGAUACGACUUUAUGCUGGAGCUCAGGGAAGGUAUCGAGGAGAUCCUCCCCCUGGACGCUCACCAGCGGGCCGAAGACCGCCUCCACAUAUCGCUCACACACUCCAAAACACGCCGCAACCGCAUAGUGUCCCACUUCAGCUCCAGAGAGGAGCUCAUACAGGCCCUCUUAGCCAGCAGCUUUGUGCCGUUCUACGCGGGGCUCAAACCAGUGGAGUUCCAGGGAGAGACGUGGAUAGACGGAGGCUUCACCGACAGCCUUCCCAUAAUGCCGCAGGGCAGGACCAUCACCGUGUCGCCCUUUAGCGGCCCGAUGGACGUCUGCCCCCCCCACACCGGACGCAGCCUUAUCAUGCUUCGCCUCGCCAACAUGAACGUCCACUUUUCCCGCCAGAAUAUCACCCGUCUGAACCAGGCCCUCUUCCCACCUCCGGAGGGGCGCAUGCACGCGCUCGGACAGGAAGGGUACGAGGACGCCGUCCACUUCCUGAAGCGGGAGAGCUGGACGCCGUCCACUUCCUGAAGAGGGUACGAGGACGCCGUCCACUUCCUGAAGAGGGAGCGCUGGACGCUGUCCACUUCCUGAACAGGGAGAGCUGGAUGUUGUCUACUUCCUGAACAGGGAGAGCUGAGGUCAUGUGACUGGACUGAGAAAUGAGAUUUUGACCAAACUGAAAUAAUUUGUCAAAUUUGCGGAAAGUUGCGGUGAUGUGUGAAAAUUGCAAUGUCGCCCUGAAUUCGUUGGGGGAAUCGUUGAAUUUGCGUUAAUAGUUGUGUCAUGUCCGGCUCACAGACAUGACAAAUAACAGACGUUCACAGAGUUUAAAAGCCAAAACACUAAGGAUUUAUUACAGUUAGCCAGGACACUAACAGCCCAAGCUACGGUGAGGUGUGGCAGUCAGUGAAUCAGUAAGCGUUAGCGUGUAU